AUGGCUGCGCCGCCGGACCCGCAGGAUCAGCUGCUGCCGCCGGCCAGUCCCGGGUCCCAGUGGUUUGGGGACCGGGGCGAGGGGGAAGACGACGAGGUGGUGACGCCGACGGGGGACGAGCCGGCGCCUCCGGCGGGAGAGCCCGGGCUCGGGCCGCGGGAUUCGGGCUCGGGCCCCGCCCGGCCGCCGCCCGUUGCCAUGGAGACUGCAUCCACAGGUGCAGCAGGUGUUGCCAGCGCCGCCCCGGAUCGCGCCUCUCCCGCCACACCAGAAGACAGGGAGGGAGCGUGUUACACAUCUCUGAUCUCUGACAUCUGUUCCCCGCCUCGGGAGGGUGCCACGUACUUCACUGGCAUCCUGCAGAAGGACGACGGCCGUGUCACCGCUUCUGAGAGCCCCGAGGACUUGGCCAGCCCCGGGCCCUCCUUACCCGAUGUGCCUGCGACGGAGCCUCGCGGCCUGUUUAGCUCUGAUUCGGGCAUAGAGAUGACUCCGGCAGAGUCGGCAGAAGUGAACAAGAUCUUGGCAGACCCCCUGGACCAGAUGAAAGCCGAGGCCUACAAGUACAUUGACAUAACCAGGCCCGAGGAGCCGACGUGUCGGGAGCAGCCAUCCCCAGAGUUGCCACACAAAGACUGGGAUCUUAAGGAUCAGGACACUGGUGUCUCGCCCAGACCUGAAGGGGCCCGUGAGCCCGACACGCCAGCUCCCGUGGAGGGAAAGAUCCUCAAGGACCACUUAUUUGAAGCGUCCACGUUUGCUCCCUACGUGGAUGACCUCUCUGAAGAACCACACCGCGCCGCUGUGGUCAGCGCACCUGUCAAGAUCACGCUCACGGAGGUGGAGGCUGCGCCCCGAGUCCAGAGCCCCGAGAAGCAAGACGUAUGUCUGAAGCCGAGUCCCGACACAGUCCCCACGGUCACCGUGUCAGAGCCUGAGGAUGACAGCCCCGGGUCUGUCACCCCGCCAUCUUCCGGAACAGAACCAUCUGCUGCGGAAUCCCAGGGGAAGGGCAGCCUCUCCGAGGACGAGCUCAUCACGGCUAUCAAGGAGGCCAAGGGGUUAUCCUACGAAACCGCUGAGAGUCCCCGGCCGCCGGCCUACGGGGCCGACCGGCCCGAGGCCAAGGCCAGAGCCGGGCUGCCCACCAUCCCCAGCCCCCUGGACCACGAGGCCAGCAGCGCCGAGUCCGGGGACUCGGAGAUCGAGCUGGUCUCCGAGGACCCGAUGGCCGCCGAGGACGCACUCCCCUCGGGCUACGCGAGCUUCGGCCACGUGGGCGGCCCUCCGCCGUCGCCCGCCUCGCCGUCCAUCCAGUACAGCAUCCUGCGCGAGGAGCGCGAGGCCGAGCUGGACAGCGAGCUCAUCAUCGAGUCGUGCGACGCCUCCUCCGCCUCCGAGGAGAGCCCCAAGCGCGAGCAGGACUCGCCCCCGGCGCGGCCGAGCGCCCUGGACGCCAUCCGCGAGGAGGAGCGCGCGCCCGGCCGGCGGGGCCAGGCCGAGCCGGAGCCGUUCCCGGAGCCGCCCUCGGCCGCUCCGCGAGCCGGCUCCGAGCCGCCCGCUGCAGACGGCGCCCCGGCGGCGCCCGAGGGGCCCGCGGCGCAGCGCACACCUGCGGAGGCGGCGAGCUCGGCCCCGGGCCCCGCGGCGGCGAAAGGCCCUGCAGUGUGGGGUCCUGGCCACGCGCCCCCGCUGCUCUUUCUCGAUAAGCAGAAAGCUGUCGACCUGCUGUACUGGCGGGACAUCAAGCAAACGGGGAUAGUGUUCGGGAGCUUCCUGCUGCUGCUCUUCUCCCUGACCCAGUUCAGCGUGGUGAGCGUCGUGGCCUACCUGGCCCUCGCCGCACUCUCAGCCACCAUCAGUUUCCGCAUCUACAAGUCUGUUUUACAAGCUGUGCAGAAAACCGACGAGGGCCACCCUUUCAAGGCCUACCUGGAGCUGGAGAUUACCCUUUCUCAGGAGCAGAUUCAGAAGUACACGGCCUGCCUGCAGUUCUACGUGAACAGCACGCUUCAGGAACUCAGACGGCUCUUCCUCGUCCAGGACCUGGUGGAUUCCUUAAAAUUUGCAGUCCUGAUGUGGCUCCUGACUUACGUUGGCGCUCUCUUCAACGGCCUGACCCUGCUUCUCAUGGCUGUGGUUUCGAUGUUUACUCUACCUGUCGUGUAUGUGAAGCACCAGGCACAGAUUGACCAAUAUCUGGGACUUGUGAGGACUCACAUAAAUGCUGUUGUGGCCAAGAUUCAGGCGAAAAUCCCAGGCGCCAAAAGGCACGCUGAGUAGUGGCUAGCCCAUGGGACCGGACACAAACAAGAAUGUAUGGAGUGGUAACCUCUCUUCUUACUCGUAACAGCAAAUCCAUUGUUUCUCUCCCCCGACCCCAGUACCAUAAUCUUAGAUACAAACUUAAAAACAGCUGUUUUUAGGCUGUUCCUGUACUCUUAGGAUAUUUGAGUCACUUGUGUCAAGCACUAAAGUAUAGAAAAAAAAAGUGUAUUAGAUGUGGUUUUUAAUUUCGUGCAUGAUGGUGAGCAUCCACCGUAUCUUUUCCUCCGUGUUCUCCCUGCGCCGCUUCCGUAGCUUCUAAUGUUCCCCUGGCUAGGCCUUUCCCGCCAAGUACAUUGACGCAAUAGUGGAAAUCGCUUAUAUGUCUUUGGGUGGCUGGUUGGAGUAAUCUUUAAUAACAAUAUAUAGAGUUGUAGACUGAUGUUUUAGCGUUUUUCCAACACACACAAUGUAAAAAUUAAAAAAAAAAAAAGUCAACCGUACUUAUGGUAACCGAUUUUGUAUAACUUAACAUGAUUAAAUAACUGGACAAACCCCAAGCGAAGACACAGUACUUGUGUUGUAUGGGACUGACGGGCUGAUUUACAUGUGUGGUAACUGCGAAGUACCAGCAUGUUCACUUUGUUACACUUUGUAUGACUUUAUCUGUAGUUCCUCAUGGACUUAACUAUG